AUGGAGAGCCAAUCCCGAGCAGCUACACCGCCUCCCACUCAAGCAGAACUCAACAAACGUUUACAGCGGAAGGACGGCGAUGAACAGCGCCACAAAGAUACACGAGCGAGAGAAGACGCUCAAUCCCAUAACGAUCCAGUUCGAGAGCUUUGCGAAAAGCUCGAAGAAUGCGCAGCCUACUUGGCCUCAUUGAAGACAAGUCUCCUUACAAAGAAGGCGAAGCUCGCGGACAACGGACAGAACAUAGACUAUAUGUUUUCAAUCUGGUGUGGGUUCUGCCGCCGCAUGGUCCCCUUUGUUAGCGAUACAAGCGAUCCUCUGGUUGUCUGCUUGGAACAUAUUGGCGACUAUUUCAUGAACCGCCCCGAUCGCACCAAGAAGGACAUCUCUAAUUGGCAGCAUAUGGAAAAUACUCCUAAAGGCCGCUGUGAUCAGUCCAAGAGGAAUAUCCCUGAAUGGCAGCACAUGGAAAAUACCCCCACAGGCCGCUUUGAUCAGGUCAGGAGGGAACUCUCUGAAUGGCUGCACAUAGAAAUGGUUCCCCCGGACACGAGCUCGAGCAGGGAAGGCAAUGACAAAGCUGAGUGCAGCAUCCGACGCACGCCCUUCUAA